AUGAAGAUGAAACUGAUGGACCGGGAGAAGGGUCUGGAGCUCUUCGGGAAGUUCAUACGCACGAAGAAUGUGGACAGCCUUCAGGGUGAGCACGGGAAGGGUGGACCGGAGCCGUUGCAUCCGACCGAGUCGAAGCAGAAAUUACAGAAGUGCCUGACGACUCUGGACCUGACGUCCUUGGGGGUUGGCUCCUGCGUCGGGACAGGGAUGUACCUUGUCGCGGGGAUGGUGGCGCGCAGUGUCGCCGGGCCAGGCGUCGUCAUCUCGUUCAUUAUUGCGGCCAUUGCUUCUAUUUUUUCUGGAGCAUGUUACGCCGAGUUCGGAGUACGAGUGCCUCACACGACUGGGAGCGCGUACAUGUACAGUUACGUGACCGUGGGGGAAUUAAUAGCAUUCAUUAUCGGAUGGAACAUGGUUCUCGAGUACCUUAUUGGCACGAGCGCGUGUGCCUGCGCCCUUAGCGCCUGCCUGGACGCCCUGUCCGAGGGCGCCGUUUCCAGCGCGAUCGCGAACAGCGUGGGAACCAUAUUCGGUCGACCGCCCGAUUUCCUAGCGUUCGUCAUCACCAUACUGAUGAUGCUGCUGAUGGCCGCGGGCGUCAAGAAAUCCCUGGUGUUCAAUAACGUUUUGAACGCCAUCAACCUGUCCGUGUGGGUGUUCAUCAUGGCGGCAGGGAUGUUCUACGUGAACGGCAGCAAUUGGUCCGAGCACGAAGGCUUCCGUCCCUACGGCUGGAGUGGUGUGUUCACCGGUGCGGCGACGUGUUUUUACGCGUUCAUCGGGUUCGAUAUUAUAGCAACCACCGGCGAAGAGGCGACCAACCCGAAGAGGAGCAUCCCCCUCGCAAUAGUCUCGUCGUUGAUCAUAAUUCUCAUCGCCUACGUCACGAGCAGCAUGGUGCUGACGUUGAUUGUUCCGUACGACGAGAUAGACCAGGACUCAGCCCUGGUGGAGAUGUUCGGCCAGGUCGGAGCAUAUAAGUGCAAGUACAUCGUCGCUGUUGGUGCACUGGCUGGAUUGACGGUCUCCAUGUUUGGCAGCAUGUUCCCUAUGCCUAGGAUAGUCUACGCCAUGGCUCAGGAUGGCCUCAUAUUCAGGAGUCUGAGCCAAGUGUGGCCAACAACAGGCACCCCAGCUCUAGCGACACUGACCUCUGGUGUCUGUGCAGCGAUGGCUGCCCUCUUGAUCCAAUUGGAGGUCCUAGUAGAGAUGAUGUCCAUCGGUACACUGCUGGCCUACACUCUGGUGUCCACCUGCGUGCUGAUCCUCCGCUACCAGCCCCACUCGACGAACCUGGUGGAGCUGCUGCCUCAGAGUCUGAGGACACCGUGUCGAUCACCGACUAAAGAGACCCAGGGAAACGGUCAGGUGUCCUAUGGGAAAGAUCUGAGACCAGAUCAGCUGUCCACAGCUUUGAAUACCGUUCAGACCUCUGGAUCAGAACUGACAACGACUAGUAACGGUCAACGUAUCAUGGUGAGACGAGUUAGGAGAUGUAACAGUUCCUCACCAGACUCUGACGACACUUACGGAGCAGAGGAGGACGAGGUGGGUUUGGGCAAGGAUGAUCAAUACCUCGUUAGCGAUAGAACCGAGAAUAAAUUCUACGGUAGUGUACACGCGGCUGCGGCUGCCUCCACAUGCGGCAGCGCUCAUCAGUACCCUGGAAACACGCCGAUUAUAGGGCCGCCAUUGAAUUACCUUCAACGUCGACUACAGGCGGCACAAUAUCUGUGCCCUGCUAUCUUCCCAUGGGUGGACCGAGGUCCAGCUACAGAAGCCUCUGGACGAUACGUGAUGAAGCUGGUUGGGAUUCUCUAUCUGCUCAUACUGAUCUUCGAUCUGAUCGUCGUUUGCGGCAUGGGGAAUAUGGGAACGUUCACCACGCUGAUGCUGUUUCUCUUCCUCUUCGCCAUCAUUGGGGUGCUACUCGCCAUCAGUAGAAAGCCACAAAACAGGAACAGCAUGAUGUUCAUGACCCCAGGGCUACCGUUCGUCCCUGCGAUCGCUGUCACCGUGAACAUAUACCUCAUCUUCAAGCUGAGCAUCCUGACGCUGAUCAGAUUCACCGUGUGGAUGAUACUCGGUUUCCUCAUGUACUUCUACUACGGCAUAAAGCACAGCAGCCUCGAGGAGGGCAACACGUCCGAGAACCUAGACGAGAACUCCGCAGCCGGAAACAUCGAGCUGACAGUGACGGAUUCGCAGCGACAGCAACAGGGGCAUCACCAGCCGUCGUACGCGACUUCUGACCGCAGUAUCUACGAGGGCCAGCAAUUGGACGCGUUCGGGCAGCCGGUGUUUAGCACGAGCUUCGGUGGUACACCGAGCCAAAGGCCGGACACGUCCGGUGGCCAGUCGUUGUUUUAUUGCGCAAGCCUGACCGGCGUCGAAUGUUCACCGGCGAAAGAAAAGAAAAAAAAAACUGACCCUAUGGGAGCUCGCGGUUUGGGCACUUGGACUAAGUAG